UCAAUUCGUUUGAGUGAUUCAGGAAGCAGGACUUUUUUUUUGUUUGUCAAAGUCGGAAACUUCAAUUCUGGAAGAUCUUCUGGAUUGUUCUAGUCUGAUAUGCUUGCAGAGAAAACUUAGAUCAAGAGGGAUAAAAAGGCAAAGUCUCUAAAUUUCGAAUUUCGCGCUGUUUCGGGUUUCAAUGGACGUAAACUGAAGCAAAAGGAAGCGUUUUGACUACAGAGAUGAUUUUCGUUAAAAGCUGAGAUGCUGCUUCAGUUGUCGUUCGUCUACGACAAACAUUAGAUUCUCAAAAAACCAAGCAUUACCCAUGGCUCCAUCUAGAAAAUCCAAAAGUGUCACUAACAAAGAUAAAAAUACAGACAAUGUUAGCAAGACUAGGCCGCAGGGUAGUCCAGGAACUCAGAAGAAGAGAAAAUUGGCUGACAUGUUAGGACCUCAAUGGAGUAAGGAGGAGCUAGAGUGUUUCUAUGAAGCUUUCCGUAAAUAUGGGAAAGACUGGAAGAAGGUGGCUGCUGCUGUGCAUAAUAGAUCUUUGGAAAUGGUAGAAGCUCUAUACUCUAUGAAUCGAGCAUACUUGUCUCUUCCAGAGGGCACUGCUUCUGUGGUUGGACUCAUAGCAAUGAUGACGGAUCAUUAUAAUGUACUGGGAGGAAGUGAUAGUGGACAAGAAACCAACGAAGAAACAGAAGCAUUUACAAAGCCUCCAAAAUUUUCGCGGCAGAAAUGUUCAGAUGGCAACUAUAAAGCAUUAGAUGGACAUUUUUCAGAUCAUUCUCAGUCACAUUCAGUUCUAUCAGGUGAUGGUUGCCUGUCAUUGUUGAAGAAGAGGCAUUCUGGAAUAAGUUCUCAUGCUGUUCGCAAAAGAACUCCCCGUGUCCCUGUUUCACAUUCCAUUGGUAAGGAUAUUGGUGAAAAGCGUUUUUCACCAGCUAGGCAAGGUUCCAGGAAAAUGGUCGACGGUAAUGAUGUUGCUCAUAAGAUUGCAUUAGCACUGACAGAGGCUUCACAAGUAGGCGGGUCUUCCAAAGUUUCUAGAUCGCCAAACAAUAAAUCUAAGGGCAUUAUGUCAUCACCUGGUCAGAAUAACAAGAGGAAGCACACUAAAUCAGAAGCAGCAGCAUCCAAAUUUUGCCAUUCUGACUUGAAUGAGGGUACCUCUGAAUUGAGUUUAGGAAGCACGGGGUGUGGCAACGGAGAUUAUUCUCGAAAACUGAAUCAACGGAGCAACAGAGUGAAUGCCAGAAGAGGAAAACAUGAAGAAAAGGGAACAAAAUACUGCAGAAAAAAGUUCGAACUCAAAGGAAAUGUGAAUAAGCAUUUGGAUGAUGUAAAGGAAGCUUCCAGUGGGACAGAUGAAGAUAAAGGACUGGAUUUAAUCAAGUAUAAAAUAGACACUAAUUUUGCUGGCACCAAAAGUGCUAGGUCCUCUUUCAAGAGUCUCAGGAAGGAAAGUAGAAAAGUACUGCUUGAAAAAAAAGAUGAAGGCUCUUCUUUUGAUGCUCUGAAUGCCUUGGCUGAUCUGUCUUUGAUGAUGCCAGUUGCAAACCCUGACACCGAGUCACCUGUUCGGGUGAUGGAAGAAAGCCAAGGAGUUGUUGAUGAGUCUCAAGUGGAAACCGAUCAUGCAAUUUUGAGUGAUGAAAGCACUGCUUUAAGUAAACUGGGUUUGAUUUCUUCUGAUCAUGGAGUUUUUGUUCCUCAAGAAGAAGGCGCCUUCCACCUUGAUGCUAGAAAGAGGAAAAGAAGACAAACAUCUUCAAUAUUGAAAGCUACUGACAACGUGACAAAGUCUGUUGCCAAGGGUAAGCGCUCUUCUAUUUCUACACCACAUUCAAGACAAUUAAAGGUGGUACAACCCCCAGGAAUGAUGUCUUCAAGUAAUGAUGACAAAGGAGGAAGGGAUGAUUUGCUGCUAUUACCCAUAAAAGUUUCACCUACAGACAAAGCGGGUCUAGCAACCAAAGGAAGGCAUAGGCGGAAGAUGGAAAAACCAAAACCAAUGAUACAACAAGAUAGAAAGGUGUCAGAAAAUAAUUUUAGUGGUCAACAUAUUAAAUCCAUUCUCCAGAACAGCGUAUUGAGACACAAGGAAAAGCUUAUUCAUUGCCUGUCUUCACAUCAAAUUCGGCGAUGGUGCACUUUUGAGUGGUUUUACAGUGCUAUAGAUUACCCAUGGUUUGCAAAGAUGGAGUUCAUGGAGUACUUGGACCAUGUUGGAUUGGGGCAUGUUCCUAGACUGACUCGUAUUGAGUGGGGGGUCAUUAGGAGUUCUCUUGGCAGACCUCGGAGGUUUUCUAAGCAAUUUUUGGUAGAAGAAAAAACAAAGUUAAAUCAAUACCGGGACUCUGUUAGGGCACAUUAUGCAGAACUUCUUGCUGGUACCAGGGAAGGCCUUCCAACUGAUUUGGCCAGGCCGUUAAUUGUUGGACAGCGUGUCAUUGCUAUUCACCCAAAGACGAGAGAGAUUCAAGAUGGAAGCGUACUAACUGUUGACAACUGUAGGUGUCAGGUUCAGUUUGACCAGCCUGAGCUGGGGGUUGAAUUUAUCAUGGAUAUUGACUGCAUGCCUCUGAAUCCUAAUGAAAAUAUGCCAGCAUCUCUGAUAAGGCGCAGUGUGAUUCCAGAUAAACUAGAUGACAACCUUAUUGAGUUCAAGCUUAAUGGGAAAUUGAAACAAGGAAAGAUUGAGGAGCACAGGAUAUUGUUCCCUAGCGAGAACUUUGAUCAUGUUGAUGCUCCUUAUAUACCCCCCUCAGCUCAUGGCGUCAAAAGUUUAUUGAACCAGGGCAUCUCUUCAAGUUCCAAAUUGCAGGCUAAUGUUGCUUGCAAUGAGAUCGGUAAUGCCUUACUGUCAGCAAAUUCUAAAGCUUUUUUUCAUGAACAUGUUCCAUCCAAAGAAGCUGGCACAAAUGCUGUUUUUGAGCUGGCUCGUGCUCUUCACAAAAAGGAAAUUGUGCUGUCUGAACUGAAGCAAAUGAAUGAUGAGGCAUGUGAAAGACGGAAAUAUGGGGACCACUCUUUAAAGGAUUCAGAGCCGUUUAAGAGGCAUUAUGCUGCAGCAUUGUUGCAGUUAAAUGAAGUGAACCAGCAGGUCUCUUCUGCCUUGUUUUGCAUGAGACAGCAUAACACAUAUCAGGGGAACUCUAAUUUACGACCAAGGCCCACAGCUAAUUUGGAUGAUCUUGGUGGUCAUGCUAGUUCUUCGUAUUGUUCAGCUUCUCACAACCAAAAUUGUCAAUCUCAUAUAGCUGAAAUUAUUGAAAGUUCUAAAAGAAGAGCCCGUACAAUGGUUGGUGCAGCUAUGCAGGCGAUGUCAUCUUUUAGUAAGACAGAGAGUAAGGUUGAAGGAAUUGAGGAGGCAAUUAAUUUUAUAAAUAAUCGGCUUUCAGUGGAUGACCAUGCUGCUCCAUCCUCGCAAUUCAUGCCCACAGAUUCUGUUCAUGCCACACUAGUUUCUCAGGAUCAGAUGAUUGCAAGUAAAUCAAAUCCUCUGCCAAGUAGUCAUUUACAAGAUCCUGAACUAAACAGCUCAUCUGAUCAAAAUGAAGUGAAAAUUCCCUCGGAACUUAUUUCUCAAUGUCUAGCUACAUUGCUGAUGAUCCAGAAAUGUACAGAAAGACAUUUCCCACCUGCCGAUGUUGCUCACGUGCUAGAUUCUGCAGUCACAAGCUUGCAGCCAUUUUGUUCAAAGAAUCUUCCAAUAUAUGGAGAGAUACAGAAAUGCAUGGAUGUCAUCAGAAAUCAGAUAUUGGCACUCAUACCUACCCAAACUACCUAGCUUCAAAUCCAUUUCUUGUCAUUUGGUAAAUCUUUACGACUCUCAGCAAUCUCACUUGAUUAACCAACCAUGGGGUAUCCAUGUAUUUGAUAAAACACGUGAAUGCUAGUGUUGGUAUUACAUGUGUGUUUUUAUUAUGUAGAUAACAGCUUGAUCUCUCUUGUGGUAAAAAAAAAAAAUUACACCUUGGUGUCCUCUUUUCCUCAA